GUGCAGCACAGUUAUUAAUGCUACAUAGGCACCUAACUUAAAGUCGUCUUCCAACCGAUGAUCAAUUCACACGCACACAUGUCUCAGCAAGUAUCUUCUUCAGCCAUGAAGACAACCAUGUGGAUUUUCACGCUCUUUAUUCUUGCACAGAUUAUUGGAACCUCUAUUUUUGGUGUAUAUUUUUACAAGAAGCUGGAUAAGAUUGAAGAGGAAAUGAGUUUCAGUGCUGACUACCUGGUUCUGAGAAGAAUACAGAAAUGCAUGAAGGGGGACAGUGUUGAUCCAACAUUACUGAACUGCAAGGAGGUGCUGGUUAAAUUCCGCCAACUUAUAUCUGAGAUCAUCAAAACAGACACUUCAGGAGAAAAAGUUGAAUACCGGAAAGCUACAAAUCAAGUUUCCAAAAAUGAGGUUCAAGGUGAAGAGAAGAACAAAUUGCCAAAAGAAGAAUCAGAACAGCCUGUUAUUGCAGCACAUCUUGUGGGAGAAAAAAGCAGCAACAAAGAAGUUUUGCAGUGGAUGGAAAAGGGUUAUUCAUCGAUGUGCAAGGAGGUCACAUAUACAAAUGGUAAACUGAAGGUGGAAAAAGCUGGCAUUUACUAUGUCUACUCUCAAGUGAGUUUUUGCAUGAAUUCACAGCUAUCCCGUGCACCCUUUGUGCAAUACGUCUAUUUAAGUAAACCACAGGAAACAGACAAGCUGUUGCUAAAAGGAGCAAACACGUUCAUCACACCAACACCAGACUGUGCUCUGCACUCAAUACAACAAGGAGCUGUAUUUGCUCUGAAGAAAAACGAUCUACUAUUUGUUAAUGUGACGGAUUCAUCUCGCGUCAAUUACAGUCCUGGACUUACAUACUUUGGCAUGUUUAAACUCUGAGGAACUCAUGCAGCCGUAAGACUGGCUGAAGAUGAACGCUAAAUAUGUGGUGGGUUGUGUUUGCAAGAAUAGGCCUUCUCAGCACUUCAGUUUAUUACUAUUAUUUCUGCAGAACUUUUCAUACUUGGAUUUUCGUGGCUUGGUCAAAGAAUGACUCUACAUGGGUAACCCUUCUCUUGUAAAUAGAAAAUGCCACAACAUCUGCUCAACAAUCAGCCCUUCUUCAGUGGUAACAAGUUGAUCACAAAGCCCUACACAUAAGCAAAAUGCACUUGGCUCUUGUUCUAGUUAAUAAGGGAGCUAAUAUUCUAACUGGACUGCACUUAUGUGCUGUUAGAAACUAUUGAAGCAAUGAUUGUUGAUCCCAAAAGGGGGUGGGAAAAUUCUGGAGAGGUUUGUUACUCAACAAUUGGUUUAUGAAGAUACCCUAAUAACACUGUAAAGAUGAGUAGGAGGCCACACAUUCGGGUUGAAGUAUAUAAUUUACAUGUAAAAAAUAGCAAGAGAUAGGCUUUCCUGGGGAAAGGUUCAAUUACUGAUGAAAGCCCCAGUCCACCUUUACACAAUUAGUUCCACUAUUUUUUAUCUACUGUUAUUUUUAUUAGCUGUUAUCUUGAAUGAUGUUGCCUAAACCUCACCUCAAGAAGCAGCCAAACACAUGUGGAACAAAUAAUCCUACAAAUGUUUGAUUGUAGAACAUUAUAUAGUUGGCUGUUCUACACUGAACUUGAACAGGCUAAAAACUUAAAUGGAAGGGGCACUUUGUAUAUUAUAUAAAUUAAAAAAUAUCUACAAAAAUUUGUUUCAGACACAGACACAAUCUGUAAGUAGAAUACCCAGGUGGUGGACAGCAACAACAUGGGGGUCUACUUUUGGGGGUUUAUUUAUCAAGCUCCGAAUUUAUCUCAGUAUUUCUGAGAUAA